GGUACCUUAACUUAGCCACUAAGCACUCAACGCCACCGCGUUGACCGCUCUCUCAAACGCACAUAAAUGCUUUAACCGACACGUUUCGUCACCGGUUCGUAAUCGCUACCGCUAACUAUUCCAACCCUAUAAAAAUCAACCUCCUUUGUUCUCUUUCUCUCACAAUUCAACGCCACAACAAAAGACAAUCGUACCCUUUCAUUCCUUGCUUUCUCCGAUUUCUUCAGUUCACAGCGGUUUCUGUUAUGGCUCAGGGAGACUCGAGCUUCGAGCAAGACAUGGCUAAAGAGGAAGAACAGAGGCUGAAAUACUUGGAAUUCGUGCAAGUAGCGGCUGUCCAUGCGGUUUUGUGCUUAUCCAACGUCUACGUUUACGCUAAGGAAAGGUCGGGACCGUUGAAGUGCGGUGUCGAGACCGUCGAGGGAACGGUUAAGAGUGUGGUCCGACCGGUUUAUGAUAAGUACCAUGAUGUCCCCGUUGAGCUUCUCAAGUUUGUCGAUCGCAAGGUUGAUGAAUCUGUGACCAAGGUUGAUCGUCGUGUCCCUCCAGUGAUCAAGCAGGUCUCAUCCGAAGCCAUCUCGGCCGCCCAGAAGGCUCCAGCGGUGGCUCGGGAUGUGGCUUCUGAGGUUCAUCGUGCUGGGGUUGUGAGCACUGCCUCAGGAUAUGCAAAAUCUGUGUACACCAAGUAUGAACCCACAGCAAAAGGGCUUUGUGCAAAAUAUGAGCCGAGAGCUGAACAAUGUGCUGUUUCAGCUUGGCGUAAACUCAACCAACUUCCUCUCUUCCCUCAUGUAGCUUCAGUGGUUGUUCCCGCUGCUGCUUAUUGCAGCGAAAAGUAUAACCAGACAGUGGUUAGCAGUGCAGAGAAAGGGUACAAGGUUGCUUCAUAUAUGCCAUUGGUUCCUUCAGAGAAGAUUGCCAAGGUGUUUGGUGAAGAGAAGCCUGAAUCAGAGCCACUGCUCUCCCAGAGUUGAUUUGCUUGAAUCUGUUUAUUUUACUUAUGAUUAUAUAUGUUUGCAUAAGAUAGAACUAUUACUCUCUUGUGAUAGACAAAGCUAUGGAUUUGGAUUUUAUUUU